CGGAGGCGGGUUUUAAAUCGCCCCCGCGCCGCCGCCGCGCCGCCCCCCGCGAAGAAGAGGCGCCACGCCGCCCGCGAGCGGACGGCCAUGUACGCCCCGGGGGGAGCGGCCCCCGUGCCUGCGGGACCCGUACUUGCAACACCUCCGCCACUGCCACCUCCAGUACAGGCAUAUGCAUUUAAACCUCCUCCUCGACCUGACUUCGGUACUUCAGGGAGAACAAUCAAACUACAAGCCAACUUUUUUGAAAUGGACAUUCCUAAAAUCGACAUCUACCAUUAUGAAUUGGAUAUAAAGCCAGAGAAGUGCCCUAGAAGGGUUAACAGAGAAAUAGUUGAACACAUGGUCCAGCACUUUAAAGCGCAGAUAUUUGGGGAUCGCAAGCCAGUAUUUGAUGGGAGAAAAAACCUCUAUACAGCUAUGCCACUUCCAAUAGGGAGAGAUAAACAGGUGGAGUUGGAGGUCACACUACCAGGAGAAGGGAAGGACAGAAUCUUUAAGGUGGCGAUAAAGUGGAUGUCGGUUGUGAGUCUGCAGGCUUUACACGAUGCUCUCUCUGGUCGUCUUCCAAGUGUUCCUUUUGAAACAAUUCAGGCGUUGGAUGUAGUAAUGAGGCACCUGCCUUCUAUGAGAUAUACUCCAGUGGGCCGGUCUUUUUUUACUGCGUCCGAAGGCUGCUCAAAUCCCUUGGGUGGAGGCAGAGAAGUUUGGUUUGGGUUCCAUCAAUCAGUUCGGCCCUCACUGUGGAAGAUGAUGCUUAAUAUUGAUGUAUCGGCAACAGCAUUUUAUAAGGCACAGCCAGUAAUUGAGUUUGUAUGCGAAGUUCUAGAUUUCAAAAGUAUUGAAGAACAACAGAAACCUCUGACAGAUUCCCAAAGGGUAAAGUUUACCAAAGAAAUUAAAGGUUUGAAGGUGGAAAUCACUCAUUGUGGGCAAAUGAAGAGGAAAUACCGAGUAUGCAACGUAACCAGACGGCCAGCAAGUCACCAAACGUUUCCGCUUCAGCAGGAGAGUGGACAGACAGUUGAAUGCACUGUUGCACAAUAUUUUAAAGAUAGGCACAAGUUGGUUUUACGCUACCCUCAUCUCCCAUGUUUACAAGUUGGGCAGGAACAAAAACACACAUACCUUCCCCUGGAGGUAUGCAACAUAGUGGCAGGACAGAGGUGUAUAAAGAAGCUGACAGACAAUCAAACUUCCACUAUGAUAAGGGCAACGGCUAGAUCAGCACCAGACCGUCAAGAAGAGAUUAGCAAACUGAUGAGAAGUGCAAGUUUUAAUACUGACCCUUUUGUUCAAGAAUUUGGAAUUAUGGUCAAGGAUGAAAUGACUGAUGUGACCGGUCGGGUUCUGCAGCCUCCUUCAAUUCUCUAUGGAGGCAGGAACAAAGCAAUUGCUACACCAGUUCAAGGAGUUUGGGAUAUGAGGAACAAACAGUUUCACACUGGAAUUGAAAUAAAGGUCUGGGCAAUUGCCUGCUUUGCUCCACAGCGCCAGUGCACUGAAGUCCACCUCAAGUCAUUCACAGAACAGUUGCGGAAGAUAUCAAGAGAUGCAGGAAUGCCCAUCCAGGGUCAGCCCUGUUUCUGUAAAUAUGCCCAGGGAGCUGAUAGUGUGGAGCCAAUGUUCCGACAUCUGAAGAACACCUACGCCGGCUUGCAGCUUGUGGUAGUAAUUUUGCCCGGAAAAACUCCAGUUUAUGCGGAGGUGAAGCGUGUUGGCGACACGGUGUUGGGCAUGGCCACCCAGUGCGUGCAGAUGAAAAAUGUGCAAAGGACAACCCCACAGACCCUUUCCAAUCUGUGCUUGAAGAUCAAUGUUAAACUGGGAGGGGUAAAUAACAUUCUGCUGCCCCAAGGAAGGCCUCCCGUGUUUCAGCAGCCCGUAAUUUUCCUGGGCGCAGAUGUUACUCAUCCACCAGCUGGAGAUGGGAAAAAGCCAUCCAUUGCUGCGGUUGUAGGUAGUAUGGAUGCCCACCCUAAUCGAUACUGUGCCACUGUGAGAGUCCAGCAGCAUCGUCAAGAAAUCAUCCAAGAUUUGGCUGCCAUGGUCAGGGAACUGCUGAUUCAGUUCUACAAAUCAACCCGAUUCAAACCAACUCGGAUUAUUUUCUACAGAGACGGUGUUUCAGAGGGACAGUUCCAGCAGGUUCUCCAUCAUGAAUUGCUGGCUAUUAGAGAAGCAUGUAUUAAGCUAGAAAAAGACUACCAGCCUGGGAUUACAUUCAUCGUUGUGCAGAAAAGGCACCAUACCAGACUCUUCUGUACAGACAAAAAUGAAAGGGUUGGGAAAAGUGGAAACAUUCCAGCAGGUACAACAGUGGACACAAAAAUCACCCAUCCUUCAGAGUUUGACUUCUACCUGUGUAGUCAUGCUGGUAUUCAGGGAACAAGCAGACCAUCUCACUACCAUGUUCUCUGGGAUGACAAUCGUUUCUCUUCAGAUGAGCUUCAGAUUCUUACCUAUCAACUGUGUCAUACAUACGUACGCUGUACUCGCUCUGUUUCAAUCCCUGCGCCAGCAUACUAUGCGCACCUGGUUGCCUUCAGAGCCAGGUAUCAUCUGGUGGAUAAAGAGCACGAUAGUGCUGAAGGAAGUCACACUUCUGGUCAGAGCAAUGGCAGAGAUCAUCAAGCACUUGCAAAGGCUGUUCAGGUUCACCAGGAUACAUUACGCACCAUGUACUUUGCUUGACAUGUUGCAAUGUUAUAAGAAACUCAGUUCUGAGUUGGAUUCACAGGAGACCAGCUGCACUUAGACCAACAGUUGCCCAAGAUACAGCGACAGCCAGCAAUGAGUGAUGCAUCAUUAUUUUAUUAGAUUAUUAAAUUAUUGUUUUUCCAUUUGCAAGGAAGCCUUCCGUCCGAAAUUUCAGACUUGAUUGUGAACUGUAGACCUGUAUAAAAUUGCACAGCUGUUAUCAUUGUGGAUUUGCCAAAAUCAAAAGCUGCUUAUCAGGAGAAAAGAAAAGAAAAAAAAGAAAACCCACAUUCUGUACUAAAUCUAGAGCUGUGAUCUCAGGGCUAAAACAAACAAACACUUCUCAUUUAGUUAUGCCUUUAUAUAUACUUGUUUGUAACUAAUCAAAAAAUACCCACUUAAGAUCAGGAACUGGAAAAAGCUAUGAAUUUGGGUGCCAUUGAAAACUUUCAUUCUAGAUGCAUUCACAAAUGUUUUAUUACUGAAAUGCAAAAGAGACUUGUCCUCUGCUGUCUUUUAUAGAUGAACAGUCUGUGAAGGUCUACGGGCAAAAGUAUUUUUUGAAGUUCUUGAAUGUCUUUCAUUGUGCUGUUUAAAUUUUUUGUAGAAUGAAUUACGGAAUUAUUUCAGUUAGACAAAGGAGCUUAUCUCUACUUUUUAUUAUGUCCACUCAAAGAUCAGCAAAGUGUGCCAUUUUGAAAAAAAACCUUAAAAAAUAUCCAUUUUGAUUAUUAAUCAUGGAGUUUGUCCUGUAGGACUGUGACACUUACUUUUCCAAAGCUUUUCUAAAGAAUACGGGUCUGUGGUGAUACAGUACAAUCUUUUUCACUGUUAUGUUUGAAUUAAUGUAAAAUUUAUAUAUGUUUCACAGUAUUAACAUGAUAGACUAGAUGCUAUUUAUUUUCAUUUACUAUGGAGUGGUAAACAUAGUUCUGUUAACAUAUCAUAAAUUGAAAUGCUUUGGAUUUUAGAAAUGAGAAAUGUAUCAUGUGGACACGAGCAAUCCGAGUCAGAAUUCAUUAACCAUAGCUUUUGUAAGUUCUCUGUUCAUUUCAGCAAGGCUUUUCAUCCAUCUAAAACGAAGAGAGAUUAUACUGUAGCAUUACUGGGUGUAUUGCACCUUUCAAAAAGCAGGAAUAUGCAGCUGAUUUGCAUGGCAGAAUUGAGAGAUUUACCUGGUGUAUAGUUUAUUUAGCUUGUAUCUGGAAGAACAUUCAAGUGUUCCUCCAGCAUAGAAGAUCCAACAUGUGGACAUGCUUGUUAGAUGUCCAAACAAAGUGGACAUGAAAGAACAGUUCUGGAUUAAUUCAAGCACAAAUAUAUAGUUUGAGCAUCUGGAACAUAGAAGUGGAUGGAAAGAGAUCUGAUGUUUACUUGAGGAGGGAAGUAUUGAUCUUACAUAUGAAAAGAAUAGAAUACAAUAGAAAGGGGUGAGGACAGAUCCUGUUAUCUUUGGAGAAGCAUUAAUUCAGAUGGAGACCUGCUUAAAAUGAAAGCAUCCGUUCAUUUGCACAAUACUCAUAAAAAUAAGUAUUCACAAAUGCUGUUGCACUAAUGAUGACAACAGGAACACUACUAGGAUACUGUAGAACAAAUUCCAGGAUGUUUUCCUCUUAAUCUGAUCUUAUUGAAGUUAAAAAGCAAAAACUAGGCACAUCGAAUUAAUGUCAAAUCUUCAACAUUUUUGAAACUUUCCUAAGAUUAACUCAGAUUUAUUUUCUUUCUCCUGAAAAGCAGAACAGCUGCUGUUGCAAGGUGUGCCCAUUUCUCCAUUUAGUGAAGUAGGGAAAAUGGGAUCAGGCUGUGCUAGGGCUUUGAUGGUAUUGCUGGACUAAUUGUUGAUGCCUGAGCAAGGAAACAUUCUUUCUGUUGCCUAUAAAGAGUUAGGAAUCUUAUAUACCAGUUAAAGUCUGCAACUAGUGAGCAGUGCCUCGUGUUGCCAAAUGGAUGCGGCUGCAACAGCAGGUGUUUUGGGCAAGAGUACAUCAUAUUUUCUUUUGUUAAACUGUGUGUGUGUGUUUUUGUGUUUUAAAAUUCUGUAUGCAGUUUCAGCAGCUUGACAGCUUUAAGAAAAAUGGGAUCCUAGUGGGGUCUCCAUCGUUCUGCUCUGGAAAGCAGAUGGCAGCAUAUUCUUCUUAACUUAGAGUAUGUGGAGUUUUUUGUGUUUUGUUUAUGGAUUUGUUGCACUUUCCAGCUAGUGUUAAGGAAGAGAUUGAUAUGUGAAGUCAUGCUCAAGUUUGCCCACCACUGAUUUGGUGAGCAGACUAGUUUUAAAAGCUAAUCUCCUGCUUUUGAAGUUCUGCCCUAAUUAGCUGCCUGUUCCAGGCUGGCACUUAAGGUGGCAUUGUUCAUUCUUCCCUUGCUUCUCCACUUCCUUGAACUGACACCAGCAAGUAAGAGGUGGGCUAAGGUGUAGAAUCUUCCUUGUCUUCCGCUUCAGAAUUGGGUGACUGGGUCACAGCAAAGAGCUCUUUUCCAUGGCUGCCGUUAAGUAGCAGUGACCUAAAUUAAAAGCUCCUUUCUCUUGGUUCUUGCUGGCAGCCACUUCAAUUUAUUUUCAUUCUUUCCAUUUUCAUUCUUUAUUGUUAGCUAACUGCAGAUGCAUGUCCACAGUGAUUGUCAUGGGCUUACGUAGAUCAUUCUCCAAAGAAUUAAUGUUGUCUUGUCACUGGCCUCUGCAGCCGUAUUUGUGUGCAUAGCUUUCUGUGCAGAAGGAAUAUGAUGGUUUUCUGAUCAUUAGAUAUUGUUGGGAUAGAAAGGAGAAAUGGAUGUCAUUUUCUUUCUUUUUCUCUUGUAUACUGUAACCUUAAAAAUGGUGUUUGGUUUUUCCUUGUUAGGUGCAUGGCAAGCUAAUGUCUAGCAAAAUUCAGCAUUGGGGUGGGGAGGGGUUGUAAAAAUUUUGUUUUGAGCAAUUGACAAUGCACUUUGAAAAGGUAGGGCACUCUGAAUAUGCACAGGAACUGCUUUUUAUAGUAUAUGCAUAAACCAAAACUCCAAAUUGAAACAAAGAAUACACCUUUUUAAGUAGUUGUUUACUGCAGUGAUUCUUGUAAGCACAGCAAUAUCUCAGGUGAAACUAAUUUCAUACACUUUUAUCCAAAAUAUUCUCCAUGAGAAGAGGGGAAUAGUUUACAAAAACUGAGAAGUACAGGCAUGUUGCAUACCUGGAAAAGCUUCUAAAUCUGGUUAUCUUGUUUGAAUUGCUUCAUAAAGCAAACUUUUGUUACUAAUUUGGCUUCUUUUAAAAAUGGCUUCUCUUUAACUUGCAGAGAAACCUGGGCUUAAUAGCGUCUUUAACAAAAUUAAUCAGUACCAUUAUUGGCAUCCAUGUUGACCUGUAGUCAAGCAGGUGUUGCAGAAUUGCAUCACCUAUCAUUGGUGUAGUAUUUUUUCAUAUUUAAACUUAAGUUGUGCUGAUUAUUUCUCUAUUCUACUGCUAGUUUGAUGUUUAAGAAUUCACUUAACUUUGUACUGAAGAAUGAGGGCCUCAUACCUCAGCCCUGUCAAGGAAAAACCACAUAGGAUUCAAGUUUGUCAGCUGUAACUUUUGCGUUUUCAGCUUUUCCGUGUUCUAAAUUAUUAACAGUAUUGAGCUAUAAAAGAAGAGUGCAGCAGUCCAAGGAAAUGCUGCUAUUUUAGAGCGCAAACCAAUGAACCAGCAUGAUAACUGAAGCCAUUUUAGUUUUAAAAGAUAUGUACUAUAAUUGGACUCUUGUGCCUUUUAAACAGUUGUCCUUGAUGCAGACAGCACCAGUGCCUUCUGGAGCACGUGGGGCUUCCUGCUGACCUUUGCCCGGAGGCUGUGCUUUGUCAGCCGCAGGCAGUGAUGUGAGGUCCGGGUGCAGAAUGGACCCAAUCUCCUCCCUGGCUCUUUCUGGGAUUGCUGUGUGAGUUUGAGCAGCCAGGCUCCCUGAUUCAUCCCUUCAGCUUGGGUCAUUGGCAGACAUGCCGAGUUGAGCCAUCUAGUUUUCAUUACUGUUCCGGUGCUUGGAAAAUUAGCAUGUUUGCAGCCCUAUUGAAUAUUGCUACAACAAUGGCUAGGACAUUGGAAUUUAGUGCUGGCUUUUUGCUGUGCUAGUCUAACUUGGAGGGACAUAUCAUGUGAUUGCAGCUGACCUCUGUACAAUUAGUUGCAAUGGAGAGAUGAAUUCUCCCAGCAUGUGGGGACCCCCCCUUCCCAGGUUCCUCCUCUUCACCCAUGCCUAACAUAAUCACUCCCUCAGAGUUAUUGCAAGCUUACACUUGUGCCUAAAAUCUAGUUAACAACUUGUAGCGCUAAGGGAGGUAUACAAGAAUGCCAAGGUCUUGGAACCAUCACAAGAGAAUAGGUUCUCUUAAUUCUUCAGGUUUUUUAUGGUUCUUAAACAUGGCACUGCCAUGUGUUGCCUAAACUUACCAUGGGGGAAGAAGCCUGUCUUUUCUUGGCAGCAUAACAUGGAUUAGCUGGGUAGCCCCCACAGACCUUUUAACAAGGAAUACCAUGAACAAAGGAAGGGCGAUGGAAUAGCAGGUGUCCGGUAAUAAGCCAGUGCAUGCUUCAGAACAUCCAGUCUCCUCUCGCGGAGGCUACAUGGUCUCCCCUGCCCUGUGGACAUGCUUCUCCUGUGCUUAGUAAUGCAGACUUCAUGGCUCUUGCGCUGCCCCAGUUUCGAGGAAUCACUGAAGGCAGGAAGCUCAGUCUGGCCCAGUCCUGCCUACUCUGACAGCUGGCUGUUCAGGGUCUCAAUCGGGGGAGUUUUACAUCACCUGUGAACCCAUUCAAGCUUUAAAAAAAUAUACUCAGCCUGGAGAUACCAGGGAUCAAGCUUGGGACCCUUUGUGUGCGGAGCAUGACUUGUACCACUGAGCUAUAUCCUCUACUCAAAAGCGAUCCCCCGCCCCCAAAUAACUCAUUAAACCUUUCCAUCUCUAUUUUGAUGCUUCAGGAGGAAGGAGCUAGAACUGUGGCUGAAAUGGGGUUUCUUGUUCUGGGGAUUGUAGAUAGAAAUGUUGCCAUAUGUGUUAUUACAUCUCCUGUGGCAUUGCUGAAGCCAUAAGGUCUUUACACAUAAGGAAAAGAAUGUAAAUAAGUUGUUGCAAGUCAGUGGUAGUUAUAGAUUAAAUUGCAUUUUUAAAUGGAGGGUAUACUUCAAAAGCAGUUCUUCCUUCUCUUUAAAUUACAGCUUUGAAGAUUGCAACAUGGUAUUGGCUCUUUGAGACUGAGACCAUGUUGUUUAUCUUCCUUUACAUUUGUACACAUUGGGAACUUGCUUCUAAAGGCCUCCUAGUAAUCAUUUCUAGGAGAAAACUCAAGCAGGAUGUAAUUGCACUGAUUCUUAUAACUUCCUUUUACUGCAAUGAACUUUCUGUUUGCGUCUGCUGUAGUAAUCGGAAUAAUACUGUAUGUACAGUUAGGACCAACCCAGAGAGAAAUGGUCAGUGUUUGACCAAAUGGCCCAUUUUACAGUAUUAAGAGAUAACCAGAAUGCACAUAAAAAUUUCUUCUAUGUAUCUGUUUCUAUGUAGCUUCAAAUUCUUGAAGGGUAGAGUUUGCUUAUUUUGCUUUAUGUAUUUUUAUGAAUUUGUUGUCUGCCUUCACUCCAUAAUUUCUUUCUUGUUCCUCUCUGAACUUUGCACUUUGCUUGCAAGACACUUCUCCCACCCAGUAUAUCACGUUCUAGUAUAAUCAGCUAUAUGUUCCUCUGCCAUUUUAACCAUUGCCCAUGCUUUCUAGUUGAACAAGCAUCUUUGUGAUUGUGCCAAUAGAAGUUGCUAGUGCAAACUUCAGCACCUGAUUCACCGGGAAUGUUUUAAUGUGACUGUGGCUUUAACCAGAUGCUCAUGCUGGCUGAGAGCUUCCAUAUAGCCUGAGGUGCCUGAUCCCACCUAAACUUGGAAGGUAAGCAGGAUUGGGCCUGGUUGAAAUCUGUAUGGGUGACUUAAAUGCUGUGAACCACCCAGAGAGCUUCAGUUAGGGGCAGUACAGAAAUGUAAGGUGGUGAUGAGGAGAAGGAGGAGUGAAACCCGUUACCAGCAGGCAAAAUACAGACUUAUGCUUCAGCUGGUAUCCCAGUGGUGCUUAUAUAGGGGAACUAUUCCGAUGGAGUCUCAAACAGAAAUCUCCAUCCUAAUUAAGUGGACGGCCCAUAUGACCUGCUGUGAUUUGGGAACCUACUUCUGUGAACUGUCUUUAUCUAGUGACACUCCAGGGUGCACUUGUUCUCUUUACUGUUGAGUUAUUUUUGGCAUGCCUCAUAGAAAAAUAAGCCAGUGUCCCUGCUCUGUUGCUUAUUUUUCAGUGUCAGCCAUUUUAUCAUGUUAAGCCUGAUGUUAGGAUCUGUUAGUUUGCGUCGUAUGUACCUUAAGUCCCCCAUUUAAGUUUCUGCUUUCUUUUUCUUUCUUUCUUUGUUUUUGCCUGAAGUAUUAAAAGAGAAUGUAGUGACUUGUCCAGAUUGCUUAGUGAAGAAUAUUGUACUGCAAAGAGUUUAAAGACUACCUCCUACAUUUCUUGAAAGGGAUUAGGGUGCUUUCCUUCCUAAAAUGAGAUUUGACAUUACUGAAAGUAGCCAAAUUUCAUGAAUGGACCUGAGUUGCUAUGACCUUUUGCCUUCGGAUUUGAGAAGCUGGGUGCCAUAUAGGGUCUUUCAACAUCCUUGAUCAGAAAAAGCAAGGCUGGCUAGAAACCACAGGACGCUUUCUGUAAACUUGGCAAAAUGCGAGGCACGGUCUUUCUUUCACGGAUUUGGUGUGCUCAUUUUCCUCCAUUUCUUUAAAGAUGCCAGGAGACUAUGGCACAGCUGAGAUUAACCUUGCAAUUGCAUUUUUCCCCACAUGGCUGUUCCAAAAUAAGGAAUGUUUUGGUGUGUUGGCAUCUUGUGCUCCUGCAGGAAAUUUUGUGACUGUAAAUGUAGAGUAUGUUGGCAGCAGGUUGGACAUGUGCUUUCAGUGGCAGUUCCCAAUGACCUGUUAGAUUUUAAAACUAUUUCAGAAAAGGUUCUCUCUUUAGUAUGUGGAACUGCUGUACAAAAAACAGGUCCAGCAUCACCUUGGGCAUAAGAACUAGUUGUGGCGGCAUUUGGAUCCAGGUGUGGAAAAGUAAUUUGAUGGUGCUUUAAACAUUUUGAAUCUACAUUGAAAUUAUUGUGUUAAAUAUUUUUAGGAUACUAUUUAGGUAACAUUUCUUGAAAUAUCCUUGAAAAUGCUAGUUCCCCUACACAGAUUAUAACUUACACAAACUCUUAAUGUGCAAAAAGCAAAUCAAAACAGGUUCUUUAAAUGUUUGAGUGUGUUCUCUUUCAAUAGACAACAAUUUGUUCACACCUAACAUCUUAAUAGGUUGCAGCUGAAGGUGCUUUUUAUCUCUAAACUGUAGAAAACUGCCUUCUAAUCAUCACAUUAUUCUGAUGGUUGAAUGCAUCAUCCUUUUUAUAUGUACAGUAAGCUUAUUACUGUAAAAUUUGCUGCUGCAGUUUAUAGGGCUGUUAACCAUAAAUCAUUUACUGUGACAUAGGGUAGUUAAUGCAAGUCAUCCUGGGAUUUAUAGUUUAGGACAUUAUUAAUAGUGUUUAUAGUCAAGAAUGUUAAUAAAAACUACUAUCUAGUUGUGAGAAACCUUACAAGUAAUCUUCUAUCAAAGAUUAGGCACAUUUGUUAGUGGUCUGCAAAUAGGUCAGUGUAUAUUUUCUUCCCAAAUAUAAGAUAGAUUGAUUCCCCAAAAGAAGCUACAACCUUGAGUUUACAAGAGCUGAGCUGGGUUAUGAAGGAGGGGCAUUCAUCCAUUCUUUCACAGGGAUGUCGUAAGAUGGAAACAACUUGAUAGCCCACGACAGCAUAUAUUUAUCCAUCCCUUGAUGUUUGGGCAAUGGAACAGGCACUAGUUAAGUACGCAGGUACCCAUCAUUUUUUUUUUUUUUUUAACUAACACUGGCCAAUAUCUAGAGAGCCACUUAAGGUCUGACCCUAUCUCUGGAUGGGAAUUUUUAUCUCGGAGCAGCAGACCUCCAACAUGCUAUAUCCCAGUCUGGUUUUGAAAGUAGGCUUUCAUGUAAAGACCUUUAGAACUUGGUUGGGUGUAUAGCCUGAGUUCUGGAAGGUAGGAUCCUUGGUCUCCUAGCUUGAUAUUUUGGACAAUGCCAAAUAGUAGCUCUGAUGGGACUGGGGAAAACUCUAUAGAUGUUUUUGCGUGCAACAUGUGUGCUUUACUACAGCCAUGUUCCUCCUAGUUAAGAGUUCUUUUGGAUCACGGCCCACAUCCUUUCCCUGAAAUGACAUGGGCAGGCAUGGUGAGUAGCUCUGAAUUGGCUGCCAGAAAUAGCAAGCAUCGUUGAGCUGGUAUUUCUCUCAAUCGUCCCCAGCAGGCUUAGGCAAGAGAACAUACCCUGCUUGCUUCUCCUUCGUAAUGCAGGGGACAUCUUGCAUACCAGGAAACGGGAUGUUGGACCAGGUAGAUGUUUUAGUCUGGUCUAGUAGGGCUUGGUUCCUGAUUUUGCACACUGGGGUUUGAGGGAAACCAAUGUGGAAUCUGUACUGGUCCUGUGUUGUAGGAGAUUUUGGGGGUAUUUCUGUCUGGGUGUCAAAGAUGGGUCUUUGUCCUUUAUUCCCAAUCACUUAGCAAGCCAUGAGAGAAGGGAGACUUUCUCCAUUAUGCUGAGGGGGUUAGAGACUUCUCACAAGAAUUAUGACUGCAGGUAGUACCUUGUGGAAACUGCAUGACUGACCACAGGAUGUUUCAAAGGGUAGGCCAACUAAAAUGCAACAUCAGUAUGAUUCUUUCUAAGAGAGGAAUUAUUCUCCUAUUGCUCCUAGAGUAAGCCUAGAUCCAAGGUGUGCGUUUGUGAUCUUUUGGGAAACCUCUUGAAUUCUUUUGGGAGAUUUCUGAAUUCAUGCAUCUUUUCUUGCAGACAGUUAAGGUCCUAGAAUACCAGUGGAACAAAUUGAGAACAAUGUAUGCAAAUAGCUCUGACAUUGCCCAGUAUCAUGGAUGUUCAGGACUGCCCAGGAAAUUAGGGUUUCUUGGGAAAAGAAAUUGGGUCUGUCCUCUUUUUAAAAAAAGAAAACUACCUCUACGUGUGAGUUGGCGGUAUUGUGGGCACCUUUUUAGUUGCUUUUAAUGAAAUAGAAGGGUGUGGGGCAGCAGACAACACAUGGAACUAUUUUCUACCCCACCACCCACUUCCUACUGAUAGAAACUGCUGAUGAUAAUCCAGACUUUUCUCAGGAGGCAGGUAUGUUAUUUUUCUUUGCUCUUUUUCUCUGUAUUAUAAAAGUCACAGUGUCUUCUCUUUCUCAGAGGAUUGUUUCAUGUUUAAAGAUGUACACCUAAAACUCUUUUAUGCAUACCUAUCGGAGAAACACAUGGGUUUGAAAAAAGAAUAGCUCUGCUUUUAUGUGGCAUGUCCCCUGGAUGGCAAACACAGGUUUGCUGUUUGUGUAAUGCCUCAGGAUUCCAGCAGUUGCAGUUUGAGACCCCAGCCCAUGCGGAUGAAAGUGAUUGAUUUGUCCAGUAGCUGUCAUUCCAGAAUAGUAAAAUGUUGUUGUAUAAAACCUUCUACAGAAUGGGGGAAACACAAGACUAGAAUGUAUAAUGGAAUCUGACUUUGAGUUGGUACACUUCAUAUUUAACUGACAUUUCCUGGGAGUAUUUUAACUCUUAGUUCAAUGUAAGCAAUUAUUGUGGAUGGGUGUGAGUGAGUGUGAGAGGGAGGGAGAGAUCCAGAGUUAGUUCCCAUUCAAACAAGUGAGACACACGCCAUGAUUGGAUUGAAACCCAACUUAAGCUAACUUAGCCUGGAACCAAACCAUUGAGUGUGGGACGGGGAAGAGAGAAAUACCUGGGAACGUCUCUACCGAUACCCGUUUCUAUCUUGCCAACAAAGAAGAAUAAGUCUCUGAAUGAUUAAAAAUAUCAUCACUCAAUUUACAAGUACAUGAAAAAGAGGAAGGGAGUGAAGGGCCUUGUUCAAGUGGUACUAACUAUAAAUGCAUUUACAGCAUGUCUAUUCAGUGCAUGUCUAUUCAGGCAUGUGCAUGUCUAUUCAGAAGGAAGCGGCUAUUGGAUAAGCUGGUAUAGGAUUGCAGCCUUAACUAGGUUAUGACCUUUUGCUGCCUCAGCAUGGCAGGGUUCCAGGCUCACAGAAUAAUCGUCUCUGUAGAAAUGUAAAAUUAGCACUUGAGGAAUAUAUAAUUUUAUUUCUACCCAUUAGCAGCAUUGUACAGUUUCCAUGUCGUUAUAUAGAUUGUAUACAUCACUCUAUACAUUCAUCUGUAAAAGCUCUGUGUAGGAGAACUAGUAUUAAUGCAGUGUGUGUACCUUAAGUACUUUAGUUACAUGCUUGCUUGAUGCUGUGUGGUGAUGUUUCUUUAACUUAAGCCUUAACAAAUGUAUUAAAUUUGUCUAAGAUCAGAAUAUGCAAAAACAUUCAUUUAGUGUAAGAUUAGCUCUUUUCCUGUGAAGGCACAAGACUUUCUUUUUUUAAUUAAAUGUUACCAUCCUUAAAACAGGUCCAAGUUUUUGAGGAGGCUCUGUAACCUGCCUAUAAUUCAUCCUACCCCCGUUUUUUACAGAAAUUAUAUGGCCUGGAUUUGACUCCAGGAUACAGUCAUGCUGUUGAUCCAAGCAUGUUGUGGUUAUAUGGAUUAAAUAUUAAGUAAUUCGAUUAAAUUUGUUUUAAAGGGCUAGGGGAUUAAUUAUUGAUUCAUUCCCCCAACUGAAAUGUAGUUGUGUAAAAGAGGAUUGACUAUUUUUAAAUAUGUAAAUAUGUUGGAUUCUGCAAUAGUAAUGUUUUUUGCAUCUUGUAACUGACAUUAAAUCCUUCUGUCUUCAAGAUAAAUUAGAGUGGCAAAUGGAGUGGUGGGGACGCAGCUCUCUUCCAGUUUGGAUCUACCUCAGACUAAGCAGUUGGGUGCUAAUUUAUUCAAAUUAUCAUUGAGAUAGUCCAAAGUGACCAAACCGUAUGUGAUUACUUGUCCUCUGAAGAAAAAGAUAUAUGGGGGUGGGUGGGUGGUGUUACAAAAAUGCAUUUUAUUUUUUUCUUUGUGCCUUUUGUGUUGAGUCCCAAUGCAUAGCAAAAACAAGUCAUACUCCAAUACUAGAAUUAAAUCCUUAUAAACAGCUAAACUGAAAACUGUGUCAGGUUUCUGAAAAUGUAAAAGUGUAUUUUUUGUGUAUUAAACUAUAAAGAUAUACAGCAUAAAGGAACGCUCGUAAAUGAGGAGAUACUUUUUUUUGAGUAGACACAAAACAUGAUACUUACAUCCCAGAUUAUUCUAUGCAUACAUUUGUAUGGUCAUGCACCAAGCUCUUUGUAGCUUCUUGAUUAGUAGGAAGUGGUUUGGAAUUUUAGUCUUGGGAUGAAUAUGCACAAAACAAGGAAUGAAGUAGCUUUGCUUCAUUUAACAGGGACAUGUCCGGCCACUUUUGGAAGAUCAAAUCUUGGCUUGAUAAGCUGGGACAUGUGCAAACCUCCUGCAUCCACUUGACUCCUCCCCUUAUACCAACAGGGAAACAAGCUAGGAAUGCAUAUUUAGCCAUAGGCUUUCACAAGAAACCAUGGUUAAUGGCGCUAAAGCAGCCCUGAAUAUGAAGUGCUGGAUUAAAGUUCCCAUCCAUAUCCUGGCUUGUUUGGAAACCAUUGAAUUAUACUUCCUAGUAUGGACGCGAAGGAUGUCAGUGGUUCCCUUCGCUUGUUUGCCUGUGCAAGAGGCGAAAGGGCCUGCAUGCAGUUGCUUGAAUAUCAUGUACUUCAGCUUAAGUUGAGAUUUGAUUGUCCAGAACCUGCUUUUGUUGGCUGUGGCACUCUGACCAUUCGUGAAAACGUGCGUGUACAUAGAGCUACUAAUACCGAAGCUGUGCAUAUAUACAAGUGUAUAAUCAGUGGAAGUGGUGUUUGCAUAUGUCAGGUAUGGGAAUAAAAACAUCAGAGUAACUUGCUGCAUGCUUUUAUAUAACACUUUGAAUACCCUUUUUAUAUAGAACUUUUUUUACUUUUUUUGGAGACUGAGUUGUAAUAUACUAUUGUUUUUGAAGAUUGGAAAUUUGACUUUAUAAACAGUAACCAAUACAGCAUGGAAAGCUUUCCUGUAAAAUAAUAUUUAGUUUUAAUAUUGAAAAAAGCAAAAAUAAAAAAAUAAAGCAGAGCACCGACAUUCCUAAGUGACAGGAUUUAAGCUAUACCCUAAAGGAGAUUUUUUUGCUGCAGAGAGACUCAAUCAACAGGAAAUAAAUGUGUGCUACAAACUGCCCCACUGGGUCUAUAAGUAAAGCUAUAUUUUAUAAGAGAGUAACCAUCCUUUUAAUAUGCUGCAUAUAAAUGAUCAGCAUUGUUGCACUUUCUCAGUAAUAAUGUCCUGUAAAUUGGCUUGUGGUAAAGAAUUUAAAAAUGUUUUAAUGUACCAUAGUACUUUGGGCAGAAGGUAAGAAGACUUACAGGUACCUCAAGAUUGAAACAAGAGCCUGAAUAUGCUGCAUUUUGUUCCUUUUUAUGUCAUAGAGCAUUUUGUUUGGCUUUCAUUAGCUUUAUUAUUGUUACUGGCUACCUGGCUUUUAAUUUGUACUUGUUGGAUCCCCUGAAGAAUUCUGAGAGUUGGUCUCUCUUCACUUGGUUAGAUAUUCUUACCCGACCGAUGUUAGUUCAGUAUAUGGCAUGAAAUCUGCCCUGCGUUGUACCAUAGAGGAUGUUUUUACAGAGUAGAUUUUGAGAAGGAUACAAAGAUUGUAAAACAGGCAAUUUAUAUGUUGUCUCUUGGUUUAUGUGUUUUAUAAUUACUGGACAUAACUCAGACAGGGGAUUGCUUUUGAACUUGGACCUGUAAUAAUUAUAUCCUGACCAAGGAAUAAGCUAACAAACCAGUUAGGACAACCUAGCUGGAAGGCUGAGCCACACUGGUAUGCCAAAAACGCCUCCCCCCCCCCCCAUUCAGAGAUUGAAUUACUGUCCAAGUGACUUCGAACAACAUAAGCCCUGUUGUUUAGAUGCUUUAGAUGUAAUUUCCUUCAGAAUAAUUUAAGUUGGCAAUUUCCAUUCCCCAAGUACACUAUAACAUGGAUAAAGAGGGAAUUGUUUGAGGGGGAGGGAUGAAGAGAAACGCUUGAACGACACUUCAGAAGACUGUGAAAUUCAACAUUUGUUGUCCUGUUUUUAAGCUUAGGUGGUUCCUCUUUCCAUGUUUGUUUUACAGCUUGCUAGUAAAAUACUUUGCACUACUUCUGCAAUAAACCCAUGUCAAACUAACUUUUUUUUUGUUUUGGUUUCUUGUGUAUGUGUGCGUGUGUAUAUAUAUAAACUACUACUAAAGAUUUAGCAUAGUGUUUUUUACCUCCUUACCAUAAGACAUGUAACAAGCCCAAAAUGCUGUAAACCUUGAUGAAAUAUGUGAAUGAUAUUUUAUAAAGUUAUUUUGUAUGGUGUCAAUUUUGUUUCUGCCUCAUAGUAUGUCAAUAAAUUACUCAUAUUUACAAGUUCAAA